UUUGAGACAUUCAUGAACCGAUUCUCGUGAACGAUUCGUGAUGAGUCGGACUUCAGUAGAUUCGCGGAGCAUGAUGGCGGACGCACACAGCAGCAGUAACCUCGUCCCGGUCUUGUUCUCCUUCUCCGAGCUCUCGCGGCCCUCGUCCGUGCCCCUGGGCUCCGGGUCUGAAGUGCUCAUCCAGAAGUUUCUGUCCAUUUACGGACAUCAGAUCGACGUUCAUCGUAAGCUGGUGCUUCAGUGUUUCUCGGAGGAAUGGGGUCAGUACGUUGAUUUACCGAAGGGCUUCACGGUGACCGAGAGAUGUCGGCUGAGACUCGUGCCCCUGCAGAUGCAUAUCACGACGCUGGGAAACCUCUCGCCAGCCAGCACGGUCUUCUUCUGCUGUGACAUGCAGGAGAGGUUCAGACCUGCCAUCAAAUACUUCGGGGACAUCAUCAGUGUGGGCCAGAGGCUGCUGCAGGGGGCUCGUAUUCUGGGGAUCCCUGUCGUGGUGUCCGAGCAGUAUCCUAAAGGUCUGGGCAGCACAGUGCAGGAAAUGGAUCUGACUGGGGCCAAAUUAGUUUUUCCCAAAACCAAGUUCUCCAUGGUGCUUCCGGAGGUGGAGGCGGCGCUGGCUGAGAUCCCAGGAGUCCGCAGUGUGGUGCUCUUCGGAGUCGAGACGCACGUGUGCAUUCAGCAGACUGCUCUGGAUCUGAUCGGAAAAGGCUUUGAAGUGCACAUUGUUGCUGACGCCACGUCCUCCAGAAGCAUGAUGGACCGGAUGUUUGCACUCGAGCGGCUGGCGCGUGCGGGAAUCAUCGUCACCACCAGCGAGUCUGUUCUGCUGCAGCUCGUGGCUGAUAAAGAGCACCCCAAGUUCAAAGAGAUCCAGAACAUCAUUAAAGCCAGCGCUCCAGAGUCAGGCCUGCUCUCCAAGGUCUGAUCGGCCUGGUCUUUCCCUCGGCGCACACACACACACACACACACACACACACACACACACACACACUGGAACAGGCCACCAGCAGGUGUUAGUACUGAAAGUGCUUAAUUUACACUCAUAUAAUCCAAAAUGUAUAGUUCAAUGUCUGUUGUAUCAGAGCAGAUGAUCCAUGCGUCAUAACUGAAUCGUGUCUCUCUUCAGACGAGCAAAAGAGUUGAAAUAAGGAAAAGUCUUCAUGUUACGACAAACACUCGCUCUGAAUGUAUCGUGUACAGCUCGAGGAUGUAUAAAUAAC